AUUUCAACUCAUCUGCUAACGGCUCUCACAAAAUGGCUUCCUCCACCACAGCCACCCUCUCCAUCGCUGUAACCACGGCGGCGAUGACGACGAGGACCCUAAGUUCCCUUCCAUUUAACCAAUCAGUUUUCGGGCUAAAGUCCCAAAGAAAAGGCCGCUUUACCAUGGCUUCACACAAAGUAACACUGAUAACUCCUUCGGGAACCAAGCAAUUCGACUGCUCGGACAGCGACUAUAUCCUGGACCGUGCCGAGGAAGUAGGAAUGGAUCUCCCGUACUCGUGCAGGGCUGGGGCUUGCUCUUCGUGUGCGGGACUGAUCAAACAAGGCACCGUCGACCAAUCGGACAAUAGCUUCCUUGAUGAUGAAUUGAUUGAUGCAGGCUUCGUCCUAACUUGUGUUGCCAUCCCUAAGAGUGAUGUUAUCAUUGAGACACACAAAGAGGAGGACCUAGCAUCUUAUUAAGGAUUUGUAUUUUUCAAAAUAUUAAAAUUUCAAUUUCAUUUGGUAA